CUUCUACAAGAGAAUUAGAAUGAAAAUUGUGAUACUGCUGUUCCUAGUACUCAGCCAUGGCUGGGUUCAUGCGGGAAGAUUUCAUUUCUCUCCGCUAGAGUUUGGAAGAUCAGACAGAACUCUUGAUGAUGAUUACCAAGAGAUGAACUGGAAAGAAUAUGAAGAGGUUGUUAGUGGCUCAUUGUUCCAUAAACUUGAAUCUGGGAGUCUUGGUUAUGGAGCCAGGACUCAGACACCAGAUCAUAGGAAAUGCAUUGCGAAAUGGACAGGAAUUCCAAACACUGCCCUUGAUUCUGGGGAAAUUAGUUAUCUGGAAACAAAAGAAAAUGGAAAUCUGGUUUCUAUUUCUGGGGUAUGUGGAAGGCAAGUUCUUGGGACAAAUAGGACAACAGAGUGUGAUCCUCUUGGAUUGAACUUUUGUUGUGACAAAACUGGACAGUGUGUAAAUGACAAGACUUGUGAGUGUGAUGGCUGCAUUAACUACAAAAAAAAAUAUUCUAACCGGAGAAGAAUUCUUGAGAGAUAUGUCGGCGGUGUUGAGGAUUGCUCAAGACGCUGUUUACUGGGUUCUCAGUGUGAUAUGUUUACUAUUACAAAAGAAAACAAUCGCUGCAUAUUCUACCCCCAUUUCAAGCUGAAGCACUUACCCUUCCACCAGGUUACAAAGACUGCUAAUGGGGAUAAAACCUUUAUCCUUGAAUGUGUGGAAAGUCAAACAAAUGUGCUACCAGGGGGUGAUUGGAGUACACAACCAACUCUUCCUUGGACGGAAACUUCAACAUGUUCUAUUAAAAGUUAUGAUGGAAGAAUUCAUUACAAAUAUUUAGAAAAUGUCUUGCCUGGAUGUCCCAAGGGAUGGGACGAAUGGGAAGGAAAAUGUAUGAGCUUCUCUGGAGCACAGCAAAUUUGGUUAGCAGCAAAUCAUGAAUGCUAUAUAAAAGGAGGCUCCAGUCUACUUACUAUGGAUACUAGAAAUAUUUCUCUGUUCUUGAAAGACAAACCUCCUGUUUGGACCGCGGCUGUAAGAGAGUUUCGAGAUGGUAUUAACACUGACAAGUGGUAUUGGUUUAAGAAUGCUGGGUUUGAAUCCUUUCCCUUAGAUGCUGGAAAUGGACAAUAUCCCUGGAGUACAAAAGAACCAAACAACUAUGAUAACAACGAAGCUUGCGCAAUCGUAAAUUAUAGAAAUCGACCAGAUAUGGCUGAUUUUAAUUGCGAGUCAAAAUGGGCUUCCAUAUGUGAGAAGGAAAAAGAUCUGGUGGGACUUGGGGGCCAAGUUGAUGGUUACUAUCAAGAACAUGCUGCUGUCUGUAUGGAUACUGUUAAGAUUAAAACUUAUGAGAUAAAAUCAACUUUGACAACCAAAGAUCUGAACUUAUCCCAAGACUACAUAAACACUUUUAAACCAAAAGCAUUUCUUAAAGUUUGGAUAAGAUUUAUGGGACUGAAUAGUUCUGUUGCAUCUCAAGGAACUUUAAAUGUGAAUGGAAAAGUUGGAAGUAAUGAAGCAAAUGUUAAAAUUAGCUUGACUUUAAAAACUGAAAGUGUCCCCCUUGUUAUUUCAAUUAUGGAUCUGGCAACAAAUCUACCAAUGGAUAUAUCAAUCAAUGCCCAAGCAGAUGUUGCUGGAUUAAUCCUAAUAUCCCCUCCAGAGGUCAUAGUUGACCAACCGAUAUAUAUUGGAUGCAUCACUAUUCUAGAAGGAGCCAAACUAUUACCUGAACCUCAAACUCUCUCAUCCCAUCUUGAAUGCCUAGUUUACUGUAAAAGUCAAGGCAAACACUAUACUUUGAUUCAAGAUACAAACUGCUAUUGUCAACCAGAUUAUCAGAUAGAUCAGUUAUACACAGACAGCACCUUCGUUUCUUCUGCUCAGUGCAACAUAGCUUGCAAAUCUGAUCCAAGUAACUUAUGUGGAGGAAUAGACAGCUUUUCUGUGUAUAUAUCAGCCUGUGAAGUUGGAUUUGAAAGAUAUGGCUCAAAUUGCUACAAAAGUGUUGGUAGUGGAUCCUAUGCGGACCAAGAUAUAGAAUGCAGCCAGCUAAAUGCUUCAUUAUGGGCUCCUAGAAAAGUUGGUGAUAUGGAGAUGAUCAACAAAAUAUUCAAUGGAGAUAAGAAAGAUAUUCUUACUGGAGUUAUGGAAAAGCUGGUGAAUAAUCAAUUGGUAUUCAAUGACCUUUCUGUUGAACCUGGAUUCUACCCAUUAUACUAUUCCUCGCGUGAAUGGGAUAGUUCAGUCCAAGAAGAAGAUCCUGUGAAGGAUUUCAAUGCAGGGCCAGAUUAUUUGGUUGUGUCUCAGAAUAGAUUAGUACUUAAAAACAAACCUGAUGCUCUUGGUAUUUGUGAAAAACCAGUUGGUCAGGGACAUGGAAAAUUGCCUUUAUUUGGGAAGGGGAAAUUGAAUUAUAAACUAAUUAAAGAAGAGGUUGAGAGUAUUGAGGUUGACCCAAGUAUUCUGCCUCAACAUCAAGGAAUACCCUUGAGAAUUCAAUGCACCAAGGGCUCAUAUUCAACUUGGUUUGAAUUAAAAUUUGAUAAGAUGGCAAUGAUAGAUGCUGUGUAUAUUGCUGUUGAUAGCCAGUUCUGGGCUGAUUCAUUAAGAAUCAGUAUUCAGUCUUCUGAAACAUCUAUAUGGACUAGAUUAUUACGCCAGUAUAACACAUUAAAUACAUUCAUUUCAAAGAAAAUAGUUUUAAACCAACCUGUUGUAGCAGAAAGUAUAAAGAUAGAAAUUUUCAAGUCUGCACCAAUUGUUGAGAUGAAGUUAGAGAUUUUAGGAGAUAUUUCAUCUAAAUUUGUGCCUAAAGGAUUCUUUCGUAAUGGAUUUUUGAAGACUAAAAAUAUUCCUCUGAGAACAUUUGAGUUUUUCUGGAGCCGUAACCAAUUUUUUGAAAUCCAAGGAUCUGUCUGCCCUUCCGGGGGACUAAGAUACACUGGCAGAAUCUCAGGGAUGCAGACUGCUAAAUCUUGGGUAGUAUUUCUUCUGGUAGAUACUAGUUUACUAGAAACAAAAAUUGAAGUAUCAAUAAGUUUUAACUCUACCUCCUUGAAAAUUGAACAAAACUUGACUAAUGAGAAUCAAACAAUUCCUCAAAGCCUAGAAAAUGAAGAUAUUUUUGAAUUGUAUUUAACUUGUGUUGAUGGUCUUUUACAGGUUUACAUAAACAAUAUUCUUCAAUCUUUGGAGAAUCAGUACCCUGUUGAAAAUCUUUUAAGAGCUGUUAAUAUCACAACAGGGAAUAUGCUUAACAUUAACUUUGAAGAAGUCUCAAGUCAUAAUCUUCAGUUUCCUUCCUCUAAGGAUGUAUUAGGAUGUAAAGAGACAUCAAAUAAUUGUGCAGUUGAGUUGGUUGAACAAGGAAAGUUAAUGCAAGUUUAUCAAUCAGCUGUCACUAACCAGGUGUAUUACAAAACAGCUGAAAUACUUUGGUCUUGUCAUAGAACUCCGAACUUCAAUUCGUUUUGUGACAUAUCUGGAGACAAGUGGGAAACUGAGAUGUCUGACAAUUUAGUUUGUUCAAAAGGUUUACUUAAUAUACCCUUUGGCAAGCAAUGCUUGCAAGUAGUAAACUCAACUUCUUCAUUCUUUGAUGCCAAGAAAACGUGUUUGAAAAGCUCUGGGCUGGUUUCACCUCCUUUGGAUAUUUAUCAAAAUACAAUUUUGAGAAGUUAUGCUAAAGAACACAGUUUUGAAUCCUACUGGAUUGGAGUACAUAAAAUUGAUGGUCACUGGGUAAAAACUAAUGGAAGAAAGAUAGAGCCAACAGAGUUGACUUUCAACCAGAGUUCUGUCGAUGGAGACUGUAUUAUUGGAGAUAGUGAACAUGAAUAUGAGCCUAAAGUGGUUGACUGCAACAAAUCAUUCAUGCAUUUUUGUACUGUUGGCCCAAAUUGUCCACCAGGAUAUACCUGGAUUCCAGCCAUGGGUCAAAUUUGCCUUAAAGUUGGUGAACAUGUUGGAGGAAUUAGAGGCUAUGCUGACAUACACUCAGGAGAAGCAUACUGUGCCAAAGAUGGGCUGAGCUUAUUUGUACCUACGUCUGCUUCUGAAUUAGAGACAUUUAUUCAAUGGCUUCCUAGUCAAGGGUUAAACAAACCAAUAGAAACACUAAUAGGAUGGAGAAGGAUUGAGAUUCAAGAAAAAAAAUUUUAUACUUCUCAAUACCAAGUUAAGACCUACGCUGAAAAUGAUUUCAACAAAAUUAUCAAUAUCAGAAACAAGACAAAUUUUGACAAAGAUUGCUUCAAAGUUGGAGAAAGUGUAAUCAGUACUAGCUGCAAUAUUAUGAAUGAUUCAGAAACUUCUCUCAGAGGAGUUUGUCAAUACAGAGAAUGCACUACUAAUGAAUCUCAAAUAUGCUCUUUCCCAUUUAAAUACAAGGGAAGGAUGUAUGACUCAUGCAUAACUAUUGAUAGUUAUGAGCCUUGGUGUAGUUUGAAAAUAGAUCUAAAUAGAAAUCAUAUCGAGAGUGAUGGAGCAAGGGGAUACUGUUCAAGUGUGUGCUUUGUUCGAGACUGCCCAGUUGGAUUUUACAAAUUAGAGAAAACUUGUUACAAAAUAUCUGCUAAAAACGACCAUGACAUUUGGACUUCUGCUGAAGAAACUGAAAAGGAGUGUGCAAAGGUAGGCGCUAGAUUAUACCAACCCAGAGAUUUCAAAUCAUUUCAGAAUUUCUUGGAUAUGGAGCGCAAUCACCUUAUAUCAAAUCAAUCUGCUUCAUUGUACAGAAAUCAAACUUUGUAUCAUAACCUUGGUGUGAUGUACAAUAGAACCUCAUCUUCCAUCACAUAUCUAGAUGGGAGUAGAGCCUUUAUGAUAGAACAAUUCAUGAAAGAACAUCUUGGUAUGCUAUUCAACAACCAGGAUGAAGAAUGUAUCAUGAUUGAUCAGAAUGGAAGUUUAAGUUUACGUGUGUGCAAUGGGUACUUUGAUCAGAAAAAUACAAGACUCCCACAUUUAGGAUACAUUUGUGAAGCAAAAAAUCUCUCUACAAUUGAAGGAGAUUCUUGUAUUUUUCCAUUUAAGGCAUCAGAUAGCAAUGUUCUUCAAACUUCCUGUAUUUUUGAUGACCAUCUUACACCCAUGUGUGCAACAGAAGUGGACAAAAAUGGAGUUAUGUUAAAAGACAAGUGGGGCACUUGCCUAGAUGAAAGAAAUAUAGCUUUCAAAGGUCCUGGGUCUGGAAAAAACUGUGUUUUACCAUUUAUUUAUAAAGGUAUUUGGAGGGAAACCUGUAUCAUUGAACCACACACUGAAUUUUGGUGCCCUACAGCAAUGUCAGACUUUUUCAGAAGAUUUAAUGAAUCAACUGAUGAAAUUGGAUUCUGUACUGAACACUUAAAACCAGACAAUUCAAUAUCAGAGUGUUCACCAAACUACGCCAAAGUAGGUAAUAUAUGUUUAAGAGUGUCACCAAUCAAAGAAGACUAUGAAACAGCCGUCAACAAAUGCUUAGAGGAAAAUGGAAAUCUGAUCUCAGUUGUAAAUACAAAUGUUAGUGUUAAUUUAGCCCAACACAUUAGGCAAUUAAUUGACACAAAGUUUUAUUUUAAUCCAUUGGUAUCACCUAAUUUAACAACAUUCUGGGUUGGAGGCGUUGUUGACAACAAUAAGUGGACCUGGAUAUCUAAUUCUCAGCCUCUCUCUGGAGACUGGGUUAAUGAUGAAGAAAACUUUGACUGUCCUGAAGCUGUAUGUAAAGAAAAGCAUGGCAUAACAAUCUCUCUGUUAGAGGAUUUAAAAUAUAAGACAGAACUGAAGAUCUCUGCAAGACCAUAUAUUUGUGAAUCUAAAUGUAGAGUUGGGUAUAGGUGGGCAGUAAGAAUGAUGAAAUGCAUCAAGGUAGUGAAGAAAGUUCCAGGAGUAUCAAAAUUUGGCGCGAUGAUUUCCUGUGCAACAGAAAACUCAAGAUUAGUCAGCAUAAAUGAGUGUGAAGAUAUUUACUAUCUGACAAAUGAUAUUUGGGAUUUAUUUCCAACUGCUGGGGAAGAGUAUUACAUUGGUGAAUAUUUGGGUUCAUUCCCAUUUUACAACAUGAGAAGAAUCACUGAGUUAAAAUACCAUGUACAGUCUAUCAACUCCCAGGGUAUACUUUCUGCCAUGAACUGUGGCUGGAAAGAAAUUGGUUCUUCUGACAGUAUAGGAUUUAUAAAGUAUGAUUUAACAUUUGACUCAAAUCUGACUUUGAUUCUAGAAGACAUACUGACAGAUGAAACUGCAGGAAAGGGAUAUGUAUGUGAAGAAGAGAACUAUUGGGUUUGUCCGAUAGAUUAUGUUUUAUUCCAAGAAGAAUGUUACAUGUUAGUCAGUGAACUUCAAACAUUCACAGAAGCACUUAUGAAUUGUAACUCCACCAAAGGACAUUUAGCUGAACCUAAACAUGAACUUCACCUACAAUUUUUGAAAGUUUUCAUAAACUUUCCAGAAAUAAACCAGCCUUACUGGACAGGGUACAGAAGAAGUAUUUUUAAUUUGACAGGAUUAGAAGAUAAGAUAAUCACUACAUCUGAUUUCCAGGAAAACAAGUUUCCUGGCCAAAAAAAUAUAGCAGGUACUGGAAACUGUCUAGGAUUAAAUGGAACUGAUUUUAUUUGGUAUGAUUGCUUGGCGAAAAUGAUCUACAUAUGUCAAGGCAAACCUACAACACACAUUGAUGAAGUAAUAAAAAUUCCGUCUCCAGUACUAGUAUUGUCAAUGGAUGGAUUAUCUCAGCAACAUUUUAACAUCUCUUUAGUUGCAUAUCAUACUCAAACAAUUCAUCAAACACAACUUGGACAGUCGGCUUAUUUUCUGGGUGAUAUCAAAUCUUUCAUUGAUGUAGAGCAACCUAACUUAACAGAAAUAAAACAUGGUGUUACUAUCUCAAUUUGGAUCAAGGUUAAGACUUUUGGAGAUGGUAAUCCAGUCUUGGUAGACUUUAUGGAAUUGAAUGCUUUAGAAAGUCUGACUUUUUUAAUUCAAGAUAAAUUACUUACUGUCAACCUUUGUAAAAAAAGUGACUGUCUUUCUUUUCAAUCUCACUCAGUUCUCAGAGAGAAAUAUUGGACAUUUGUUGCCUUUACACUGGAUAGAAAGAAGAAUGUGGGAACAUUUUACAUCAAUGAGACAUAUGGAUUCUUAAAAAAUGAAAACCUGAAUUUCCAGAUCAGCAGUGAAAAUUGGUUUCCUGCAUCAGCACUUGAGAAUUCACUAAGAAUUGGCUCGCAAAAAUUUCAAAAUUUUGAUGGAGCAAACAACUUUCAUGGGAAAAUGUCUUGCUUUCAAAUAUUUCCAAAUUAUCUAAAACCUGCACAGAUUUAUCAUGUGAUGAGUGAUUGCUAUAUUGAAAAAGACCACCCAAGGGCUGCAUGGUGUCCUAAAGGAUUCUUUCCAAUCCUUGAUCAAUGUUAUAAACUAUCUACCCACCCCCUGAAUUAUUCAAUGGCAGAACUUACUUGCUUGACAGAAGGUCAAGGGGUUGUUUCUAAGCUUGCUUAUCCCCAUAAUUAUUUAGUUCAAGAGAUGCUUUCAGUUUAUGCAGCAAAAUCAAAUAUCACAGAAUUUUGGUUAGGGCUCGAUUCUAUGUCAGCUCACCCAUUGGGAAAAAUCUGGAAAGACAGCAGUGGCUUUGAAGUACAAGAAAUAAAUUGGAUGUUUGGAUUUCCUGCCAUCAACAAUUAUUGUGCUUCAAUGCUCCAUUCAGAUAAAAUGAAAAUCAGAAAUGAUGAUUGUGAUACAGCCAAGCACUACUUUUGUUCAACCAACCCAAAUUCAGUUGAUAUUUGUCCUGAAAACUACUUCAGUUACAAGAACAUGUGCUUGUCAAAACUUAGUAGUUUAACAUCAUACAAAGAGAUAAAAUUAAAUUGCUCUGUUGUGGGGAGUAUUGUAUUGCCCAUAAAGACUCUGGGACUUUAUGAAUUCAUUAAAUUGCAUGCAGUAGCAAGUGGUGUAGAGAACAUAUUAAUAGGAAUGAAAAACAAAAACAAUAGAAUAGAAUUGACAGAUCACACUGAGUACCUUGCCAAUUCAUUUGACUUUAAAGGUGAGUUCCCUAAUCUGAAUUAUAAUGAGUGUGUUUAUCUGGAGCAAUCAAAUGACUUCAAGCCUGUUGGUGGAGAUUGCAAUCAAUUGUUUGACUCUUAUUGCUUAUGGAAAGAGCCACUUUGUCCAGUCAAUUUCAUGCCAUACUUACCUUCCCAAGAUGGACGAACUUGUUACCAAUUAUCAAAAGGUGCUUCUGAAUGUGAUAAGCAAGACUGUUCAAUGAAUGCUGAAGUAUCAAAACAAUUGAGCUUUGAAUUGGAGUUUCUAGACAAUAUUUUGGGUCCUGAAAAGUUUGUAUGGAUCAACAGUACUCUACCAAACAUACAAACUCAAAUGGAAUGCCCUUCUCUCACUCAAACUGGAUUGAGGGGAGCAGUCAAAAAGGAUGAAACUCUUCAUACUCUUUGCAAGCAUAAGGUAUGUGUGGCUCAAGAUGGAUUUCCAUGCAUCUUUCCCUUCACAUACAAAGGAGUCAAGUAUGAAAAUUGUUCGAUGGAGGAUAUUUUGGCCCCUUGGUGUCCUACAGAAAUUGAUCAAAACCAAAAUAUUGUCAAGUGGGAUCUUUGUCAAGAUGAAUGCCCCCAUGAAAAAGAAAAAUCGUUUUGCAUGGCACCCCCACCUAUUCCUGAGUUUGGAAAAUACACAACAAGUGAAGACAAGUUAAAAAGUGUAAACUACAUGGCUAGUUGGUUUGCAGUUGAUUUUGUGCAAGGCAAUGAAUCUUUUUAUCUUAUAAAUGCCACAAGAAGGAGACAGCAUCAACCCCAUUGGAAAUUUGAUGCUACCAACACAACUGACAACAUCUCUAUAGUUGUGGCAAGUAGUAGAGCAGAUUUACAUGCAAUCUACUCAAUCGCACUUGAUGGAGAAAUUGUAAACUUUACAUGUCCAGAAGGUUUCAUAUUUGAUAACUCAAACAAUAUAACUCUCAGUUUACAAUGUAGUAAUGGAACAUGGAAUACUGAAGGUUCAUUCAAUGCUUCCAAGUAUUGCACUGCUGUGAAAUGCAAAGAGGAAGAUCUUCCCCUUCCUCCAAAGGGAACAGUAGAAUCAAAAAGUGAUUUUGAUGCUCGGAAGAAGUUAGACCCAACUGAAUGGAAUUCAUACAAAAGUAAUGUAACUUACUCCUGUCCUAUUGGAUUUGUUGCAGAUUAUCCUGGAGAAUUUGAUGAACAAGCUUCAGAUAAAUUUAAGUUUAAUGUUUUUUGUGAUGCCGAUGGUUUUUGGAGAAUAGAUCUAAACAAAUCAAAUUUAAACCAUCAUCCAAACAUACUUCCCUGUAUUUCUAAAAACUGCACAGAACCACCACACCUUGUAAGCAACACCGGCAUUACUUUGAUGAACUGGACGGAGGUGUCUGGAAAUGCUAGACCGUAUGCCACUCUAAUCAAAUAUUGGUGCAACAAAACUAACUGGGGAUUUCCAUCCACAGGACUGCAGGAAGCCUGGGCAAUGUGCAACCAUGAUGGAAUAUGGAAUAUAACUGAAAUUGAAGAAUGCACAGAACUGGAAUGUCCUGAUCAGCCACCACCUGCACAUCUUGGAGGACACCGAGUUUAUGGAAUAACAGAAACUAAGUAUACUUGCCCCAAAGGAUAUAUGUUUGAGUCAGGAGAAUAUCCAUUUUGGUUCAACAAAUGCUUGAAAAAUGGUCAAUGGAGUAUGCCAGAUAAACCUCUAGGAUGUAUAGAGCGACAGUGCUUGGGUUCACCUGUAUCUCCUCACCAUGGAAUGGAGGUUAUCUGGAUUGAGAAAAGAAGAAGGUUGGGAGAUUACGUAGUCUAUCGUUGUCCUCAUGGAGGUUAUGUAGAUUUCCCUCCUGAUGCUUUGUACCAAGCUGAUUCUCCCUGGGAUGUCUUGUUUGACCAAGCAAGGAAAAUAGAACAACAUGUGAAGUGUUCUCUACAGAAUGACACAAUGGUCUGGUUUCCUAAGACUCUAUACAAGUGUAUAGCCUCCUCCGUUCGUACCUCCUACCUGGUGGAACAGGUUGAAUCUUCUCUCCAGUGGAUUGACUCUGGUUCUGGAUGGGGAAGGGAGGAGGGGGGUAGGGGGUGCUAAAAGGAAUAUUUUUAACCUUAUAUUCAGUACUAAAUAUUUAGUAUAAAAUAUUCUGUAUAUACGAUAAUUUAAAUAAAGAAUGAAACCGUUAAAAAAAGUAGUUUUUAAUAUAUGUAAAAAUGCUGAAUCCUAAACCUCUUUAAGAGGAUAGUGGUAAGCU